AUGAACCCUCAAGAUAAAAAUUCUUCUACUUUGCCCCAUGGUUCUAUUGCUACUAAUCCAUUGGUUGAUUCAAGAAACCAACCUCCACUACAACUUCUUCCUCAAAAUCUAGAUUCUUCAAUUCAGCAGCCACCUUUUCCUCAAAAUCCGGUUCCUCAAUUUCAACAACAAUUUAUUUCUUCAAAUACUCAGCGACAAGAAAUUCCUGGUAUUCGACAAAUACCUUUGUCUUCAACUUCAGAAUCCUAUUCAAACUUUAACAGAAAUUUUACUCCUAUUUCGUCUAAUACUAAUAAAAAUGAUCAAUUUUUGUCUUCUAAUACUACAAACAUUCGAAACCAGUAUCAAAAUGAACAACCUGAAACCAGUAUUUCUUCAUCAAUACCCUCUGCACGUAAUAAACAUUAUCACCCAAGGCCGUUGCCCCCAGUGAGGGAUAUCCUUUCGAUAAAUUUAUCUGACUCUGAUUCAUUUGAUGAAAAUUCAAGUACUGAUAACUCUUUUUUUUGUUCCGAAAUCGACUACUCUGAUGAGGAUGAAGAUGGAGACGAAGACGAAGACGAAGACAAUGAUGAAAACGAAAUUCGCCAUCUAUCACAUGAUUCUCAAGAUAGUUUCUUAAAAAUGAAGUCUCGAAAUCCUGCCGAUGUUUUGGCAAGCUACCAUAAAUUUGUCGCAACUUUGCUAACCACCAUAAACAGGUUUAACAAGAUCUUUAAAAGUGGAGAUGAAAACCUUCAAGCUGCUAGGUUUUUUCUCAUGGUAGAAUUCUAUCUAAACCGAUCCUCUCUUCAGACUUAUGACUCGGUAAUCAAACAAAUUUCAUAUCAGUCUCUAAUGGAGAUGAACGAUAUCAUCAAGGAGUUUGCAAGCAUCCUUAACAACAUGAAACCCAUUAAAAUAAAUGACUUAGUGAUGCCUUACAUGGGUGUUCCUUUACCUGGCUUCAUAAAAGUAUGCAGUCAUGGCCAUUAUCCUUUGUUCAAUGAAUCUGCUACUCUUCCAAAGUGCCCAAUUGAAAACUGUGAAAGUAUUCCCACUAGUAAGACUUACUUCAAUGGUAUUAUACCUUAUUUAGUAUUAGCUCUUAAAGACCCCAUAACUGCUAAAAUGAUGAGGGUAGGUCCUAGCAAAAAUGAUCCAAGUGUAAUAGACAGUUUUGCACAAGGAAACCUAUUUAAGGAUCGUUGCUUUGAAACUGCUGGUAAAAGCGAUUUACAUGUUUAUGUUUCACUUUUUAGCGACCAAUUCUCUCUCUUUACUUCAGCCACCACCAAAUAUAAUGUCAUUAUUGCUCUUAUCGACAAUCUUCCACAAAGUGAGCGUGUAAAAAAAAAUAAUCGAGUGACGAUUUAUGCCUACCCUACUUCUCAUGAGGAAAAAAACAAUCUUCGUGAUAAAGUAGAGAAUAUCAAUUUUGACAGCAGGUUUCCUGUAGGGGAAAGCGACGUCAGCGCUUUCUAUAUGAUUAUUGCAGAUCAUUUUAAAACUCUUUCUGAUGUUGGGUUUCACACCUAUGACGCUAAUUUAAAGGAAAUGGUCCGAGUUUACGUUCAUCUUCAAGCAUUUGGAGGAGAUAUACCGGCUAUUACCUUGGCAAUGGGGCACAGCGGACCAACAGCUGUUCGACCUUGUUUGUACUGCUCUAUACCUAAGAGCAUUGAUACAAACGACAAGAGGGGAGUUCUCACAGCUAGACCUUCUGAUUCUGAAGGUAAAAAUUCUUUGCAUCAACCUUAUGAUAAGCAAUGGUACUUAAAUACAGUCGAGCCAGUUCUUGAAAGUCUCCGACAAAAUUCUGGGAGAUUUCAUCAGCCUACCUCAGCAGAGAAGAGUGAUUUGGGAUUUUGGGCGCACUCAGCGGUUGUCCAUUUAAAAACGAUCUCCUUUCCUCACUCUUUCCCUUUUGAUCCCAUGAAUAUAUUUUUUGAAAAUAUAACUCUUAUGUUUUAUCAAAUCAGUACUGAAUCUAUUAACGACCAAAUAGUAAAUUCUGAUUUGAGGGAAUUCACUUUUUCAGUGAUGGAGAAAAAGAUUUUCAAAAGAAUACUCAUGACUGUGAAUCAAAGUUUCGACACCAUCUUUCUGGGCUCUGAAUUUAAAUCAACAAGAUUUGCUCGUGGCCAAUUUGACGGGAUUAAGACUGCUCAACUAGAGGUUUUGUGCUAUCUUAUGCCUAUUGUCCAUCACCAGUUACAAUUCAAUGAUGUUUUUCGUGAAGAAUCCUCUAAAACCCUUGAUAUUUGGGAUAUAUUUGCGGACUUUUCUAUUAUGAUAAAAAUUGCAAAUGGGAAAAUUAUUAAAAGAUCCCAUUUGGAUGGCAUUGGGAAAAGUUUUGAAACACUCGUUAGAGAUUACGAGUUCACUAUUACUCAUGGCUACAAGGACAACUUCCCUCUUUGCACCUUGCCCAUUCAUUUGUGCACUCAUACAGCUGAUAUUAUUGCUAUGGUUGGACCUCUGUCACAAUUUAGCGGUUACACUGUGGAUAGCUAUGAGGAAUAUAACGAAGAUGUCACAAGUAAAACUUCUGAAAUUUCGGAAUUUGUCACGUCUCAGGCUAAGCACCAACAAUUGCUCACUAUUGCUCAAUGCCUUAUGAAUUCCGUUGAAAAUGCUAUUCGCAUAGGCUCCACCAAAUUUUCCAUGGAAGCGAAACCAUUCGGUCGUACUAUAGACUCAACCUUUAAGUCUUACCAAGGCAUUGUCGAGAGACAGAUACACGAGGAGUUAAGAUCAAAGGGACUUACCUUAGAGGAAACAUCUUUUAAAUUGAAGGAGCAGAACAACUGCCGUUUCAAGUCUAUCACGUUUACAGGCUAUGAUAUUACCAUCAAACUUGGUGAUUUGGUUCGCCUUCACCCAUCUCACUCUGAUCUGACAGUAGCAACAGAAAGUUUUCAAUACUGCAAACUGUUGGAUAUUGUGGAGUGCUAUGACAUUAAGGUUAAAAGUCAAACACAAAGCCAAGCUGCUAAACCAAAAUACGGCAGAUAUAAUCAAACAUUCAUUGUUGUUGUUCCACUUCCAAUUCGAUAUGUUUAUUCCAAACGUAACAAAUUGACAAGUGAACCAGCCGAGAAACUGGUCCGUUGUAGCUACUGGUAUAAACGUGAAGUAGUUUACGAUAAGGUUUUUGUUGUUCCUUUGGAAAGGGUUGCUAAUCCUGCUUAUUUUAUUCAUCUUGAUAACUUAAACGAGUUAGGUGUACGAGACGAGAUAAAUUAUGUUUAUGAUCCAUACGUCGCCUGCCGCAUUGACAUCAAUGGUGUCUUUGAAGAUGUUCUUACGCGAGAUCUAGACGUCGACAUCAACAGUCAUUUGGUAGAGCCCUUCAAAGAAGCGGGGCUUGGUGAUCUUGUAAAAGAAAAUAAAAGGAGAUUGGGAAAUAGUAAAGUCUCUGAUUUUUUUGAAGAUUUGUCUUUGGACUAA